CCUGGCUAACAUAAGGGGAGCAAUAUAUAAGUGAGGCAGCUGAACUAUUUAUAUCUACAGUUGUUAAAGGGUAAAAUGCUGUUUGCCUGAUCACUAUAUUUUAUACCAAUUGUUCAUAAAUGUACAAUUGGUCAUGGCGCAUCUCAGGGACAGAUCACGUUUAUAUUGCCUGUUCAAAAAGAGUGUGUGGGCGUGCUCCGGGCAGAUGAGGUGUGAUUCGAGAGGGUUCGAGAUUGAGAGGAGAGUGUGUGGGAGAGAGAGAAGUACAACAAAGACAGACAAUCUGGCAGUGCAUGACUGAGUCAUUGUUUGAAAAAUGUACAAUGUCAAACUUUGCAUUUUUAAAAGCCGUGCUGUUGGCAUCAUUUGUGCUAACCAUUUAAUUUAGGUGAGAUUUUUAUUUACACUGAUAAGACAAGGAUAUUGGCAAAUGCAGAUAACAUCUGAUGGAAAUCUAAGCCAUCUUAUUAGAGGUUAAACCAAAUUGAGAUAAAAGUGACUAAAAGGAAAUGAAAUAAGCGAGGCAAAAAAAAGUCCUAAGCUCCUGAUAAGUGCUAAAGCCCUGAAGCAUCCUCAAAACUCAGGGGAGGGAGCUGAGAGAGUGAAAGUGAGGCAGUAAAAGAGAGGAGGGAGAGAAAGAGCUGCCGUUGGUGUUGAAAAAGAGGCUAUUUAUCAAACCAACUGUGUUUCUGUGUGACGAAGGACAAGACUCUGAGAGCUGAAAGAUAAUGCUGGAAUACAGACUGGAUGCCUGGAUUCCUGUACACUUUUCACACCUGGACUACCAGCGCAUAAGGGACUUGGACUGACCAUCUGUCAUCCAGCGAUGCUAUGAUUGCUAGAGUUACGUCAGUGAUUAACAACAUGAAGAGAAGCAAUGCAAAGAGACCAUGCCGAAGUGUUAUGGCACAUUUGAAUGAGGAAGGGAAGUGAGUUUUUCCUGUAAUACUGUGCAUUUUUGAAGUGUAAAGAUGUUGCCUCAGGAGAAUGGGUCCUCUAAAUUUGGAACAAAACUGAUUAUAUCGGGCUAAACAGAGCGGAUAGACAGACAUAAACCUCCUUUAUUAAUUGCUAAGAAGACCUGGUACACAUGCUCUGGCAACAUCAUGUUAUAGACUUCUGGAGGAUCAUAUUGGAGGUUGUGUAGGAGUCCAUCAUUAAGAAGUGACACAAUGGGAAAGCCAUUAAGUCGUCCCGGCUGCUUACGGCAGAGCCCUUGUUGUUCGAAAAAAGGGGAUGACAGAGAGGGCUACAAUGAAGAUGGGUAUAUCCCUCAACGCUCCAUUUAUGACACAAUGUGCAUCAAUGAACAGAUCGACCACAGUUCGGCACACAGCACUCUGGGUUCAAGAAGGGGUAGAGAAACCGACUUCUCUAGUAAUGGUUCCCUGGGAGCAGGUGGAGACAUAUUUGACACAAGGUCUUCUGUGCUAGGCAGCAAUGGCAGAAAACUGGAUGAGAGGUUCAUUUUUGAUUCCCUGAAAUUAGCAAAUGAUGAACUGAGCAAGUCACCAAGAGGGUUUGUGAGGUCGGCAUCCCCCAGUGUAUCCUGCAGCUCAGCUCCAAGCGGAUCCAUGAACAAGCGCCAUCACCAGGACAGUGGCAAGAAGGACAACCUCUGCCGCCACUCCUGGAAGGUUUUGUCUCCACCAAAGUUCCCAGAAACAUUUGAACUCUCUCCAGGAGAAAAGACCUACUUAAACCCAGGAGUUGCUUUCUUUCCAAACAGCUUCAACUCCCCACAGAUUUCACCCUUCUCUGGAUCCCCCAUUUCCACUGGUACACAUACACCUUCUGUGUUCUUCUCUCCCUCUCCAUUGCCCUUCCAUCAGCAGUUCAACAGGCAGUCUUUACCCACCCAACCGUCUUCACCAAGACCACCUCUUUCAGAGUUAUCUGUAAGUGCCCUGAUGUGUGGUCAAGAAAACCAAGACAAACUAGAGAUUGGCCAAGGUAUGAGAAACAAUGGGGGCAUGGCAAAAGAUAAUCUGUUUCUGACUUUUAAACCCCAGAACAAUGAGCCUGAGAAAGAACUGCCACCAACCACCCCAGAACCUGAAAAAGACACUACGCCCCUUCUGCGCUCCCAAACAUCAAAAAGACCUGCUGUCUCCCCUACACCGAUGGAGUCCACCUGGCCCCGGCGACUGAUUGGAAGGAGGAGGACGGUAAGACAAGGUGGUGCAGUACAUAACCUCCCAGUUCUUCCCCCACUACCCUAUCUGCUAAUCCGAAGUGUCUCUGACAAAAAGACCAUUCCUCGUCUUUCACCGUUCCCCGAGCACCAAGGAAAUGUGGAUGGUCAGCUCGGCAAGUCUACAUUAACAAGAGAUCUGAAGGAUUGCUCUCUACAGGAAUGGAAGCUCUUGCGGGAUCAAGAAGAAUGUAAAGCUGAAGCAUCCAAAAUUCAGAGUGUGGUUCAGGAAGCUUUAGAAGCAGAGAGCAAAAUGGUGUUUAUACAGGAGAGCGUUGAGCCAAGCAUUGGUGAAAAUACCACUUCUGAAUGUGAGGAAGAGAACUGGGAAGCUGUGUUAGAGAUGGUUAAUUCACUUUGGGAUGAGACCUGGAAUGAAGAUUUGCAAAGUAUUGGCUCUCUAAGGCGCUGGCCUCUUUUACAUCCUCCAUCGGGGUUUGGUGGCUCACAAGCUCCAUCAGGUACAAGCUCAGAACUGGGUGCUGAAGAUAUGUUGGAGAUUGAGAGAAUGAACCAAGAAGUUGUGGAAAGCCAAGAUGACGACGAACCACAAUUUCAGUAUAAUUUUCAAACAUGUGAAGGUGAAAGUAAUGUUAUUGUGACUCAGCCAGGGAGCCUUAAACUUGCUCAUGAAAAGAUCCCAACCAGUUUAGAUCUUGCCACCAUUGACGCCCAAAUGGGAAACAAAUAUGGCCAUAGCGAGUCACCAGAUUCCAACCUAACGCUGGACUCAGAUUCAAGUGGUGUCUACAUGUCAAAUCCCAGCCAAACCAGUAGAGAGGACAUCACUUCUGAUAAUGACAGAGCUAUGUCAGAUCUUGGAAGCAUUGCAUCUCUUAGUCAAGGGAAAGAGGGAGAAGUCGAUGUCAGAAAGACCGAGACAUACUCUUCCAUUCCAAAAGCAAAUAAAUUGGCAACUUUUAACAAAAAAGAUCCCUCUGGGCUGAGAUCUAAUAGCAUAGAGCUAGGAAGGCAAGCAUUCUGUAAGGAGAUUACAACCAAAGCUACAGAAAUAAAAGCACGCUUGAAACCUGCGGACACAGGAUCUCAAAUCCAAGAGAUUCAUAACACUGUGAACACAUCAAAGACUGAUGUGCCUUUACCACUGUCCCCCUCCAAACAUGAAGCUAAAGAAACGUUAUUAGUCAAGAGCGAUGCAGAUUCAUUUGUUGCCACAGAUAGUUUUAUCUACCUGGCAGUGUCAGUGCUGCCCCCAACCACACAGGAAAACGUGACCAAACCUGCACUGGAGGAGCCAUUGCCUCCAACUUCCUUUGCUAAACCUUGCCGUUACCCUGAUGAAUGUGAUUUCCUCUCUACAGAUAGUUUUGUUUACCUGGCUGCUCCUGACUGCCACCUGCUGGUGACAGAGGGACAUUCGGUAUAUGACUCAAAAGAUUCUGAAUCAGAGGACAGCGGUUCUAAGGCUGACUUUGUUCUGGCCUCGGCUGUAGGAGGAGAUAGUGACUGGGACUCAGACCUGACUGAUUCUGAAACAGAGCCAAACUCUUCCAAGCCUGUGUGGGACUAUUGGGAGGAGCUAGAGCAGGGGGUGCUUCAGGAGCUAUUCGGCGAGGACCAAUCGGAUGCAGACAAACUGCUCCAUGGCAACCAAGCUCAGCAGAUUUCCUGCCAGCCUGGGGAGUUGGCUGCUAUUGUUGUACAGGAGAGAGCUGAGUUGGAAGAGGUGUCCUCACAGUACACACAGGGGGCAGAGAUACACACUGAGGUGAAGUCUGUAUCCUAAGUCUUAUUACUGCACUGGCAAACCUAUUGUAUUAGAGCCCAUUUAAGAAUUCUAAACAUCAUAAACAGGUAUUUUAGUUUUUUUUUUCCUUUCUUUCUAAUUAUUUAAUUAUGUACAUAUUAUUUCCAAGUCAUGACUCCAGCAUCUAUCUGUAUUCACAAUACAAUUUGGAUGUGUUCUUGAUAUCAGUUUUGUUGAAGCGCAGUUUAAGUCUCUCUUGCAAGCUACAUUUGUUUUAAAGUUUAUGUCAUGGUGUACUGCUUUAUGGAUUUAUUGUUGACCAGUAAGUAUUUAGGUUAACUGAUAACUCUGACUAUUAAUAGGUGAUCGUGGAUGCAAUAAGACUAUCAGAGAUCAUAUAUAAGAGCUUAAAAUCUAUUGCACACUAACGUUAUGUCAAUAAUAGAUACUCUAUUUGCUAAUAUGCUGUGUGCUCUGUAUAACAAUAAUUAAUGUUAUAUGUUACGGGGUAAUUUUUAAAGAACUGAGUGUGAUAAUGUGCUGAAUGAUGAAUAGCAAAUAGGGAGAUGUAGAAAUUUUGACCUCAUCAAUAAAGAAGCACAGUUUAUAGCACAAACAAUGCUUAAUAUGCAGUAAAAUAUUUGUUCUUAGCUCAGUUUAUAAAGUUUAAAUUAAGCAAGGGGAGUUGUUUCACCUGUUAACACAUUGCAAAGGAAAUGUGUUCUGCCUGAGUUGUCAAUAAAUCAAAUGUGGAGGAUCAAA